AAAAUCAAGAGGUAACACUACAAAAUAAAACCUUGGGUGGUGAGGGAAAUAAAUAACAGAUGUAAACACUGUGGGCAGAUGAUCACAGUUACCAACUUACUUUUUAAGUACAAGAGCCAUUGUCUCUCUGUCAAAUGUACCAUCGUCCACCUGGUAUGAGCAAAGGAGACUCCAAAGCUCUCAGUCCUUGGUUUUCUAAACACUGACAAUCAAGCAUCUGUGUUCUUGCCCAAGUGUGUAUUCUCCACCUAAAAAUAACAAUGACAGCUACUACUGGCAUGGAAGAUGGAACAUGGAGUGACAGGAAGAUGGAAGGAGAUGGUGGUUUGAGGACUUUGGAGUGCCUCAGAGGGAGACUGCUGGCAGAGAGGCAAGCUUCUAGGGUUGCAAAAGAGGAUGCAGAACUCAUUGGCAAGAAGUUAGUAGAACUACAGAAGCAGCUCAAAGAAGAGAUCAAACUGAAGGAAAAAGCAGAAAAGAAGCUCAAAUAUUUGAAGAAAAAGCUUGAAUCUUUGAAUAUUUCCUCUAAAAAUAGUGAAAAAUCUUGUACACAAUCCGCUACUACUUCAUCAGGAUCCAAUCAUCCAGAAACCCAUAAAGCCAAAUCCAAAGUUGCAGAGUCAGAAAUCCCAGAAGAAUCAAGACAAAAUGCAGCUGACUCCACCACAUCUGAGCAAAGCUGUGAAAGUACUUUCACUGAAGAAAACACUUCUUCUCAAAGCACUUCUGGUUCCAGUUCUAGUUCCAGCUUAGAAUGUUCUUCCCCAAAAGGGUUCUGCCACAACCCAACUCAUAAAUCUGAAGAUCCAGAGAUUGAAGAUAGUAAUAGGUAUGUAAGUCCAAUUAACCUGACCAGUUCUAUCAGGUUUAGUGUCUGUACUUAGGGUAGAUAUUUUGGCACUCGGCUUUUAACCAUACGUACUCUAAGUUAAAUAUUAAUAAUCUUUAUGUGCUCA